GGAGCUGAUCGUCCAAGGCUGGGGAAGUACAAGUUCCGGGAUCUGACGGUAGAAGAGCUGAGAGAUGUCUACAAGAUCUUCCCAGGAUUCAUCUACUCCAUGGAUACAUACACAUUUAAAGACGGUUCACAGAAAGACCUCCUGAACCUCUCCGGGACGGUUCCCAUGAAAUUUCAGGGGAACUCUUACAACAUCCCGAUCUGUCUCUGGCUCCUGGACUCGCACCCCUUCGGUCCCCCGCUCUGCUUCCUGAAACCCACCGACACAAUGGGCAUCCGGGUCGGCAAACACAUAGACGCCCAGGGAGGAUCUAUCUGCCGUACCUCCAGAACUGGAGCC